AUGGUUUUCAUGGCGGGCCCUGCAGCCAGCUGCUUCCUAAGGCCCCUGGGACUCCAUGACGUCACCCAAGCCUUGUGUGCUGUUCUCUUGACCAUCCUGGUCAUGAUGAACUUGGUUCUUAAGAAUAUCAAGUUUGGUGCCCUUUCUGCUGUUGACUUUCCACAAGACAAGUACCUGCAUUGCUACCGAUGUCUACUGGAGACCGAAGAGUCAGGGUGCCUCCUGGGGUCUGACACCUGCCUCCUACCUCCGGGAAGUAGCUGCUUCACUGUGAGCAUAAAGAACAGCAGUGGUUUCAAUGUCAUGGUGAGUGGCUGCCACAGCAAGGAGCAGAUGGUCCGUUGCUCCUUUACCCGCGCUUCCCCGGUGUUUGGCUUUUGGAUAUACUACCAGUGCUGCUUCCUGAAUUUCUGCAACAAACCGAGCAACAGAGAGAACACCAUGCACUAG